AUUUGAUCGAUAAUUCCGCGGUCACACUGUUCGAGAGUUCGUGUUAAAAAAACAAAAAAUAUAAACUACAACAUAUUAAUACCCAGGAAUAUAACCACAACAAUUUCAACUAAAGAUAAUGUUAUGCUAAUUCAAUUAUAUAGAAGCCGCCACUCAGCAGGAGGUAAAAAAUUGUGUUUGUCAUACGCACGAGAUGUAAUGAAAUGCCGUCACGCCGGCAGCAGCAGCAGCACCAGCGGCAGCACCAGCUACAAUUAAAGCGAACCCAGCGGCUAAAAUCCAAUAAUUAAGUGAAAAGUGGAGCUAAAAAUCCGUUCGAUAAAAUAAUAUAAAUUGAUAAAAGAAUAAGGAAAGAGAAAAAGCGAAUCUAGAGAGCAAUAAUAUACAAUUUACGACUGCAGUUAUCGAAUUAAACCACAAAAAUGAAGCGACGCAACGCAGACUGCGGGAAAUUGCGGCGUCCGAUGAAACGCAACAAAAUUACAGAGGGAAUGUACGGCAGCACGACUGUUUUGUACAUGAAAUUUCUAAUACUGUGGGCCAUUGUUAUGGUGGCCGAUUUCAUGUUCAUGUUCCGUUUUGAGUUCUUGUGGCCAUUCUGGCUGCUCCUGCGCUCCGUGCACGAUUCCUUCAAGUACAAGGGCCUGGCAUUCUCCGUGCUAUUCGUCUGUAUUGCGAUAACAUCGGAUCUGGUCUGCUUAUUUUUCAUACCCGUUCACUGGCUGCUCUUUGCGGCCAGCACAUACGUCUGGGUGCAGUACGUCUGGCAUACAGAUAAGGGUAUCUGUUUGCCGACCAUCAUACUCUGGAUGUUGUUUGUCUACCUCGAGGUGGGCAUUCGAUGGAAAGACAGUCGCCACAUGCCGCACUUGGAUCUCUGCAGGCCGUUCGCGGCGCAUUGCAUUGGCUAUCCGGUUGUCACGCUUGGAUUCGGCUUCAAAAGCUACGUGGGCUACCGCAUGCGUCAGCGCAAGCAACGCGAGGUGGCCAAGGAGAAUGAGUUCUACAUGCAGCUUCUGCAGCAGGCUCUGCCUGCCGAGGAGGCCACCGAUGAGGCGGCAAAUGCGUCUGGAGCCACGGCAUCUUCGAGCACAAUUGUGGUCGCCAAUGGGUCGGUCACAACGGCGGCACUCGCCGCCGCUGCAGCCGCAUCGUCCGCGGGGCAUCCCAAUGGCAUUUUGGCAUCUGCAACCCAAGCACAAAACCAUCAUGAGCAUCAUCACAGCGGCGGCGCCGGCGCCAGCAGCAGUUCAAGCAAUAGCAAUCACCAUAAUCAUCACCAUCACAACAACAAUAAUAACAACAGCAGCAGCAAGGAUAACAGCACGACUGACAACAACAAUAGCACAACGGCGUCGUCGCCUUCGUCAGCCUCUGCAGGGGCAGGGGCCUCCACGGCGGCGUCAUCAUCAACACCCUCGUCCUCCUCCUCCGCGUCGACAGGGGGCAAGCAAUCAUCGACGACAACAACCACAGGUGCAGCAACUACUUCUACCACUCCUGUUUCAUACAGCUACAUGCAGGCUGCAGCCACAGCCAGCUUGGCGGGGACACAGCAUCAAGAAACGGGAGAUGCAGCAGCAGCAGCAGCAUCUCCAUCUUCUAUUUGUACUUCUUCUACUAGCUCCUCUGCUUCCACUGAUGCCGAUGGUUGUUGUGGUGCAACCUCCAAUGGUCACGCUGGUGGUGGUGGAGGUGGCGGCGGUGGUUCAAGGAACAAUCGACGCAGCACGGACAAGGAUAAGCAUCGGAAUAAGGGUGACGCUGGUGAUAAUGAGCACAACAAUGGUCAGCAGCAGCGGCAUGGGGGUAAAAAUAGCAGCAGCAGCAGCAGCAACAACAAUUAUCACCAGGUCGAUGGCAGCAGUGCUGCGACAGGAGCAGGAGCGGCAGCAGGAGCAGCAGCUGCAUCAGCAACAGCCCCAUCAAGUAAUAAUAGUAAGGAUAAGGAUAAGGAGAAGUCAGACUGGGAUAGUAGCACCAACUAUCAACAACAACAGCCACAGGGGGGAAAGGACAAGCACGAUAAAAAGGCCAACAACGUGAUGCCCAAUGGGAAUGCCCUUCACGCCGAGGCAGAGGAGGCGGCGAGCGUGGAGCCAGCACCGCAGAUUGAGAAGGCCCCCAAGGGUCGUCGUAAUCGUGGCAAGAAGGAUAAUGCGACCAAGGACAAUCACAACCAGCAACAGCAGGUUGCUCACCAGCAAAAAGAGAAGGACAAGGACAAGGAGAAGGAGAACUCAGCCAGCAAUAACAACAAUAACGAUGCCAGCUCCGUAUCCUCGUCGGCCAGUUCCACAUCGAGCAAUGCCAUUGCGCACAUGGCCAGCAAAGUAGUGUCCAAAAUAUGCGAGACGUGUCUCAAGCUGGAAGCCGAUGUGAAGAAAUAUCGCGCAGAAAUAAGCCACAUGAAGCAAAUCGAGAACGAACUGCGCCAGAAGCUGGACACCAAUCUGACCAGCAAGUCCAGUCUGCAGGCGAAGCAGAAGGAAUGCGAGGAGCUCGAGAAGCGCGUCCAGGAGCUGAACAAUGUGCGGCACGCGGACGCUCUCAAUCUUCAGACAGUGGAGCGGCGACUCAACGAGGAGCGGCGCCAGAAGCAAUCGCUUGAGGCUCAGUUGGCCAACGAGAAAAAGGCACGCAAGGCAGCCGAGGAGAAGGCUGCUCGUCCCGAGUGCAGCACCCAGUGCAAGCAGCGGCGCCAGCAAAUGGAUGAUGAGCUGAAGCGAUUGCGGUGCGACCUCAAGCAAACGGAGGAGACCAAGCAACUGGCCGUGGAGCAUGGACUCAAAUACGAGCAAGAGUAUCGCAUGCUGGAGGUGAAUGUACGCAACCGCGAAUCGUCGCAGCCCGAUGCCGAGAUGCUCAUGAAAGCCCUCGCUGCCAUGCAGGACAAGAACUCAACGCUGGAGAAGAAUCUAUCCGCAGAGACGAGAGUCAAGCUGGACUUGUUCUCGGCUCUGGGUGCAGCCAAGCGCCAGAUUGAAAUAUCUGACAACCAUCGUCGCUCCAAGGAGGAUGAGGUCAUCGAUCUCAAGGCCAAGAUUGCCCAACUUCUGGCCGUGAUGCCGGACACCAUGUGCAUGAACACAGGCCCCCAUGGACCGGGCAGCAGCAUUCUGCGCAUGAAUGACACACCGCCGCUGCAGUCGGGCCCAGGACCGUCAUCGCCGAUGCUCAGCCUGAGCGGAGCGCAGGAAUAUCAACAGCAUCAGCAGCAUCUUCAGCAACGGAAUCAGAUGCAGCAGCAGCAGCAGCAGCAGCAACAACAGCAACAGCACCAGCAGCAGCAAAGCAAUCAGCAUCAGCAGCACCUGCAGCAAAGGAAUCAGAUGCAACAGCAGCAUCAACAGCAUCAGCAUCUCCAGCAAAGGCAUGAGCAACAGUUGCAGCAGCAGCAGCAGCAGCAGCAACAGGGGGUUUCUCCCUGCAACCAGCAGCAAAUGGUGCCGGUGAGUGUGGCUGCUGCUUUGCAGGUGGCUGCUGCCAAUGCAGCUGCCGCCAAUGGAAACGGCAACAAUGGCAACUCCACACUGGAUCCCAAUGCCAGCGUUUACACGCCCAAGACAGGCAACAUGAUGGUUGUGUCGCCUGUGGGCAUGAACCCCAAUGGCACGGAUGCCUGACGCCAGCAGAAGCAGCAGCAGCAGCCCUUGACGGUGUCGUCGUCGUCGUCGUCAUCGUCCUCGCAUCUCCAUCUAAGACGACAACUCUGAGAUUAUAUUUUACAUGAGGGAGGGAGAAUCCGCCGAAGGCAGCAGCAGUCGCAGCAAUCCAUUCGGCCUGUGAACACAAGCGAUCCCAACCGAAGAUUAAAACCGAACCGAGGCAGCUCGCCUGCAAAUAUCUGAAUGUCCGUAAUAAGAAUAAGAAGAAUAAGCAAGCAGUUUCUUUCAAACACUGAACACAUCGCCGCGCCACAUUGGUCACAUUUGAACGAAGAGAUUCCUAACCGUUUACCCCACACGCAAAUUGGCAUUCCAAUUGAAAUUAUCCUUGAAUGGUUUACUUUAAAGAGCCACUGAUCCUAUCUUAGUCAAGCCAUUGCUUUGAGCCAGUCGCUCUAUCCCACGUCCAUAUCCACAUCAUGCCCCUCCCCACGCAACACACGAACACACACACCUUUGGGAGAGUCUCUGCCUCCUCCCACUUGAAACACGGAAAGUAAAAGAUUACUUUAACAAAAUGAUUACAAAACUUAAAUCACAUUUAAGAGGAAGCAUAAGAAAAACACACAAAUUUCUAAAAAUAAUAACAAACA